AGAGAGGCUCUGGGCAGCAGCCACUGCUGACAUCUCAACACCUUCACCUCGCAAUGUCUGCCGCAGCCAAGGACCCACUGAAACCAUCCAGCGCCAAACAAGAAAGGAAGCUCAGAAAGCCGCUCAUAGAGCGUAAGAGAAGAGAGAGGAUCAAUUCUUGCCUGGAACAACUGAAGGAAACUGUCAUCAGGGCUUUCCAUCUUGAUCAGUCCAAGUUGGAGAAAGCAGACAUCCUGGAGAUGACAGUGAGACAUCUGGAAAACAUUCAGAGAAACAGAGGUUCAGGUGAAGGCUCUCAAUGUGUGGAAUCCCAGCAGAGAUUCAGCACAGGAUACAUCCAAUGUAUGCAUGAACUCCACAACCUGCUUCUUAACUGUGACUGGAUGGACCAAGCUCUUGGUGCGCGUCUCCUCAACCACCUGCUGAAAUCCCUUCCUAGGGUCAAGGAUGCCAGCCCUGAGCUGCCCAUAAGCUGUGAGGAGAGUGCUGGGAGGACCAUGUCACCAGCUCUGAAACCUGAUCCUGACCCAGAGCCGCAGAAUAUUCUGCAAAAACACUGCCCCCUUGUGGGCUCUCUUCAGAUGUGGAGGCCCUGGUAAUUAUACAACCAUAGUGACUCUUAGUGCAGACUGGGUAACCCAUAGGCAUACUCACUCUGCUCACCUCUGUCUCCUUAACAUAUAUUCACUGUCACUAUAUAUGUCCCUCGUCUCUUACAGUUACACCGGGUGUAGGAGCAGAGAGUGAUGCUGCUGUCGGUCCUAGCGUUUCUUUUGUACCAAUAUGUAUCUUAUAGAUAUGCUUUGUUUAACACAUUGGGGUGCACACCCCUUUAGGUGUACUAAAGACCCAGUGCUCCUGGCUGGAGCCCCAUGUUUGUAGCCUGCAUUGUAGAAGGCUUCUUCUCCCCAUAUUUA